UCCUGUACCAGACUCGCAUGCAGCUUUCUGGGGGUUCUCAGAUUCCUGUAUGGUAGUCGCCAAGGACUCAUCAUUACAAGGAGCAGCCCCCAUGGCAAGCAGGCAGUAUGGUCCAGGAGACUGGACUGGCACUCAGAAGACAUUAGUUCUCUUUCCAGCUCUGGAAGCCCUUAACUAACCAUGAUGGGGACUGGCUCCAAGAAAAACCCAGAGCCUGUGGUGGCUCCGGAGCCUGUCAGCACUGUGAUUCCUGUGGGCUCCCUGGAGAACGUGACCAACACCACGAGCCUGAGUGACAGCAAGGAGGACCUAUUUGCCAAGCUGAAGGCCAAGUUCAUGAAUGAGCUGAACAAGAUUCCCCUGCCUCCCUGGGCCCUGAUUGCCAUCGCUGUGGUAGGCGGCCUGCUCCUCCUCACCUGCUGCUUCUGCAUCUGCAAAAAAUGUUGCUGCAAGAAGAAGAAGAACAAGAAGGAGAAGGGCAAAGGGAUGAAGAAUGCCAUGAACAUGAAAGACAUGAAAUCAGGAAACCAGAACAAACAGGAGGACGAUGACGCGGAGAUGGGCCUGACGGAGGGAGAAGGCGAGGAGGAAGAGAAGGAGCCAGAGAACCUGGGCAAGCUGCAGUUCUCGCUGGACUAUGAUUUCCAGGCUAACCAGCUGACGGUGGGCAUUCUCCAAGCGGCUGAGCUCCCGGCGUUAGAUAUGGGCGGCACCUCAGACCCGUAUGUCAAAGUCUUCUUGCUCCCGGACAAGAAGAAGAAAUACGAGACCAAAGUGCAGAAGAAGACCCUCAACCCGGCCUUCAAUGAGACCUUCGUCUUCAAGGUUCCCUACCAAGAACUGGGCGGGAAAACCUUGGUGAUGGCCAUCUAUGACUUUGAUCGCUUCUCCAAGCAUGACAUCAUUGGGGAGGUCAAGGUACCCAUGAACACAGUGGACCUGGGCCAGCCCAUUGAGGAAUGGAGAGACCUGCAGGGCGGCGAGAAGGAGGAGCCAGAGAAGCUGGGAGAUAUCUGCAUCUCGCUACGGUACGUGCCCACCGCCGGGAAACUCACCGUCUGCAUCCUGGAAGCCAAGAACCUGAAAAAGAUGGACGUUGGGGGUCUCUCAGAUCCCUAUGUGAAGAUCCACCUGAUGCAGAAUGGCAAGAGGCUGAAGAAGAAGAAGACCACUGUGAAGAAGAAGACCCUGAACCCUUACUUCAAUGAGUCCUUCAGCUUCGAGAUCCCCUUUGAGCAGAUACAGAAAGUGCAGGUGGUGAUCACCGUCCUGGAUUACGACAAGCUGGGGAAGAACGAAGCCAUCGGCAAAGUAUUUGUUGGUUCCAAAGCCAGUGGCACGGAGCUGCGGCAUUGGUCCGACAUGCUGGCUAACCCCAGGCGGCCCAUCGCCCAGUGGCACUCCCUGAAGCCGGAAGAAGAGGUGGACGCAUCGCUCGGGAAGAACAAAUAGGAAGCUCCAUAGCCCAGCAUUACCUACGGACAUUCUAAGCGCCCCAGAGCUAUCAAUACCUCAGUUAUGUAACCUUUGGUUUUUGCUUCCAUUUUGUUUUAAGCUGCACUACCCUUUGGUGACUGUGGAAGGGUUUCCAGGCAGUUCUGAGCACUGUCAGGGGAAAUGGUUAAAGACAGGGAUGGUUCUUUUCAUUCUGCAAAGUCGCUUCCUUCCGCUGCAUGUCUCAUCGUUUCUACAUGCUGUUCUUUGAAAGCGUAAAGCCAGCUUCUGCCGUGGGUCCCAGAGGCGCUAGGCCGUGGCAGAGCAUCGUCUUCCUUUCUCUUCAGUUUUACACUGGGACUUUCAAACAUUGUGCUAAGGUGACAGCUGAGCCUGAAAAUGUGAGUUGACCAGAUACACUGUGCUUGCUUUGGGGAUACGUACAGCUGGACUAGGCGGAUCAGUGGAGAAGAGCUGUAAUGAACAUCUGGGCACCUUCGUGUGACUGCUUUGACUCCCAUCAGCCACCCAGAGAAGCGAGAGAGCAGCCUCGUUGGGACUGGAACGUCCAAGGCUCCAUUGAACAUCUUAAGGUUUAAUUUCUUCUGGUGCGACAGGUGCAUUGCUGGGCAUACAGACCCUGAGCUAGGUAGGGUAUUGAACCUUGCAGCCCCCCGUGUGAUUGCCAAAGAAGGGGUGCGGUUAUACUGUGGGUGCAUGUCUUUGAUAACUGAAUGUUCACAAUUCCAAUCUCAGUGCAGGACAGAGCACAAGAGAGUCUUGGUUUUGAAAAACAGCAUCAUGGGAUAUUUAUGCAAACGACCACUGCGAGGCAGGCUUACAGUAGCAGGUGGACUUGAGACGGGCCCACCCAAUCAGGUAGAAUCGAGGUUGAUUUACCAAAAUGAUUGCUUAAAGCCAUCCAUGUAGGCUAAACGACGUCUUAAACGCAAGCAGCUUUGGGAGGAUUUGCAUACAUGUCCCAUCACGCGUUGCACUACUGUACAUCUUCUGAAGAUGCAUGACCUAAAAGUGUCCAGAGCCAGAUACGUCCAAGAGGAGGGUUUAAAGUACAAGGUCUUCAGAACUCAAAUUGCGAGGCUGGAGCUGGAGUGUUAGUGAGGCAGGUGCAAAUCCCUCCCAGUGUGUCCACCUAUAUGGCUGCAUGUGAGCCAUGCAGUGAGCUGCUCAAAUGUGGCGAUGGAGCUGCGAUGUGACGAGAGAGCUCACUCUAGCCUUCCGGUUGAAGCUGUUCCACUUUAAUUAACUGUUAUUGGGGCCCAGCAAAGUCAGAAGCUGCCUCUAGCUCAGGGGUCUGGGCCAGCCCCUGAGAUGUUGGACAUGCUGGGUUAGUUCCUGCCUCUGCUUGCUGAGAGGAAGAGUCGGUUACAUGCUCUUACCCUUGUCCUUGCCCGUUGACACUAGGCCACUUUCAGUAAGUAUGAGGUGGGCCCACCCAAGGGUUAGGAUCGCGCUAUGGUCCAGUGGUUAGGGUACUUGCCUGGGUUGUGGGUGAGCCUAGUGCCAGUCUCCCCUUGGCCCCCUAAGAAGAGGUUUGAACAGGGAUUUCCUCUCUCCCAGGUGACUGGGGGUGGGGGGUGGGGUGUCUUUGUUUAAAUCCCAUCUCCUUUGCAGGAGCCAUUGUCUUCAUGGGAGAAGGAGGAGGUUUAAACAGGAAUCUCCCACCUCUUUGGGAGUGGGGUGGGGGUCAGUCUCUGGCAUGUGGGCCAAUUACUAUGUAAUCAAAAGUAAAACCAGACCUGGUCCCUCUGUGUCAGAAGGCAGCCUCAAACCAAGAUUGCCUAGAUCCUAGCUGCAGAGCAUAACCAGAAGGCUACAAGAGAACUCAUGACAGGUAGGUCAUAAUCUCCCCUGGUGAAGUUGUUGCACUUUAUAGUUUUAAUUAAUUCACUAGGUAUUGGGCUAUUGGGCUACUCAGAGACACAAGGGAGCUGUAUUGGAGUCCCCUGCUAGCCCUGUGGUUAGGUGAUUUACCAGGCAGGGUCAGGAUGGAAGUUUGCUAGAGUGCCCACUGAGUGCUGUGGAGGCAGUGAGCAUCUCAAACCAGGGGGGUUGCUUUAGAGAAUGUCGUCUGUGCCCAAAACACCGUUGCCUCAUAGAAAUGUUGUGGCUAUAAACUCUGCCAGUGGGGAGUAGGGCACUGGGACCAGGCUCUCCCACACUCCUGCUUGGGUCCUGCCCCAAGCCACCGGGCCAGAGAGCAUUGCCUAGCUGAGCACUGUCAAUCUCUCCCAUUGACACUGGGCCAGAGACCCAGCCCAAGCAGUUGACUUUCUAGCCCAGUAGUAGUGGCCCUCAGCUGGGCUGUAUGAGAGUCAGGUUUAAGUCCCUACCUAGCUAUAUGUGUAUGAACUUGUCUAGACUGCCUGAGCCUGGACAGCAUUCUUACAUGGGAGCGUGUGCCUGCAGGGCUUUGCUUCCUGGCAUAAACCAGACCAUGCCCCCAUCUUUUCACACUUGACAGCACCACCCCUCCAACAGAGGCCGGGACGCUCCAGCAAAAGCUGCCAUCAAAUCUGAGUCAGCCUCAAACGUGGCUCUCCCACAGUCCAGGGCCAAGCCUAACCCUAGGGGAAGCCAGGCCUUGAGGCUCUGGUGCUCACGCUCUUCCCUCUUGAAGUGGUCCCAUGUCAUAGUGUUAACUAGGCAUUGGGCUGAGAGAGGAAAAAGGGCAUUUGGGCCUGUCUCAGGGCCUAGAGUUGCUAUAAAGUCUGGGGCAGUGGGGAGUUGUGGGCUAAUAGGAAGCCUGGUAAAUGCCAGCCAAGAGCAUACCCAGGGUGAGAGCCAGUGUCUGGCUUCACCAUGAAACCCCUUGAGCUAAUCUCGGUCACUGAAGCCCAUGGGGUGGGUGAGUAGCUGGCUGGGGGUGGGGGGGGGGGAUGCUUUCUCUCACCUCCUUCCAGGAUCAUACACAGCUAAGAGGGGAAGCACGUCGGCUAAGAGAGAGAGUCUGAAUCCAUUCCAAACAAGGACCAAAAGGUGCCUCAAAGGCCACGAUAACUGCUGCUUACCACAAGGCCGGCUCGCUGAUGAACCCAGUCCAGUUCCUUUGCCUCUCCAGAUAUAGGCCAUAUUCCCCCUCUUCCCCAAAGAGCAGUGAAUGUCUUGAGCCCCCAGCCCCCUUUUCAGGAGCCAGGACUGGACCUGAUAUGGAAACAGGCUCACAUCAUGUCCCCCACUACAGCGGUUCCUGAGGUAACAAGAAGAAACCCACCAGUCCGUCCUAGUUCGGUCCAUUCUGUACUGGAGUAGACCAAGCAAGCCAGUUUCCCAUUUACUGUCUCUAAGAGGCCUUCAGUGUUAGUGGCUUUGCUUUGGUUGAACCAGUGCAUUGGCUAAUAGCAUCUGAUGGGCAUCCACGCACUGGUUUCCUUUUCUUCUGUGAGUCCAGUCCUGUUUUAGUCUGGACCUUUUGCAUAAUAUCCCUCAAAGGACCUUGCUGCAGCCCCGUGACAGCCAGCUCUGGAGUAUCCCUGCCAAUCUCCCUGAUUACCAGCUAUGUUUUCCUGGCAAUGUGGCUUGGCCUAUGGAAGUGUCUUCCCAGGGAAGGUUGUGACUAGCCACACCGCUAGCAAGCUUCCUAGAGGGACUGCUCCUGCCUUGGCCUCUACCCUGGCUUUCCAGCCCCACAGCUUGUGGUGUAGAGAAGCAGACUACAGCACCACCCAGCUGCUGAAAUGGUAUUUUUGUGAGUAGGAAGAGCGUGAGGAGAGCAAGAGUCAUACGCCUUGGUGGGGCCAGGGGCACGGCGUCUGGAACACCUCACAGGAGGUGGAAUUCACCAAUGCCCAGAGAGUCUAGGUUGUGGGGAGAGGGGUGGUCAGUUUUACACCCCUAGUACAAUUGGAGAAUGUUUCACUCCCAACCCCCUCUCCAUCCUACCCUUUCCCUCUGACAAUUAUUGAUCCUUUAUUUGUACACUGCACCUCCCCCCAAAGUCCUGCUGGAGCUUCAAUAUUUAAUCAGCAGGAGAGCUCCAUGCACCCAUGAGCCUGGCAGUCCUACGAACUGUAACUAAGUUUGUUCCAGUUCUAAGAGCCAGCAGGCUGUGGAGGGUGCCUGGGGACCGCUGUAGGAGGGAGCCCUCUGUACAUGAGCUUUAAACACAAGCCGGCCUCACUGCUGAUCGUACAUCCUGCUGCACAACGGCAAAGGCCAGGAGGUCCAAGGAGCAGAGGCAGCGAUUCCCCACAGCAGAGUGUCUAAGUGCUGCACCCAACUGCCUCAGAGCUCCUGCUGCCUUGGUGUGAUGGGAAAGUGAGCAAAGCAGCCCUCAGCCGGUUAAAGCAUGGUCUAAGGAGUGUUUCUCUUUCUGAAAGGGGAGGGUGCAUCUGCCUGUGCUAGACACAGAUCUACCACCAGCUCCAGUCGAUAAGCAGAGCUGGUCCAAGAAAGUGAAAGGUUAAUGGGAGUUUUAUGAACCAAGGUGACAUAAACACACCAGAGCUCUGUGAUUGUGACACAAGCAGAUUACUUUAUUUACUCGUGAGAGUAAACCCAACAGGCUCUGCUUUCACACCAGGCCUUGGUCUAUUGCCCCAUCCUACAUACUUCUAUUGGUGAUGUCCUUAAAUCAGCCUCUAAUACUGUGGCCAACCACUGCCUGCCUAGCGUUCAGUUUAUUAUUACAGAGAAUACUAAAGGUGGACUGGGGGGAGCAGGAAAGAAUAAUUGGGUGAGCAGAAUGUAAGUUCAACACACCCGGCUUAGGACUGGCAUAGGGCACAAUUGCUGGGUGGGGGGACACCACCAACCCUCUCGCCCUCCCAUUUUGCUCCCUGUUCCACUGGCCUCUGUCAGGCAUGAACUCCUCUGCCGUGAACAACGCACCCCCUCAAUCGAGUCCUGCGCUAUUGAAUUUGGCACAUUUUUAACUUGGAAUGUUUUAAGGGGGGGCAGGAGGAGAGGGUGGGAACUGUGACUUAAUACUUUUUUUUUAAAAAGGGAAAAAGCUCUCCCCCCCACCAAACAUACUCAAGCCAUCUGAGCCUCAUCCAAAAUCCCUUCUUGUAUAUGUAGUUAAAUAACUAUAGCUAGCUACGAACAGCCAACAAUGCAUGAGAGAUAACCACUAUGUAAAUAGCAGCAUGGUUAGAGCAGAAUCCAUACACUUUGUUACACCUCAGCCAUUGGGCAGGACACACCCAGGAUGCAGAGUUAUUUUUAAAAUGUGGCGUGAGGGGAUUUAUUUUACCCAAGAGGACAGAGCAAGAUCUAUAAAAAAAAAAACCCAACCUUUAUUGCCCAAGUCAGUAGGCUCAACAAUAUCCAUUUAUUUUCAAUUAAAAAAAAAACAAUUAAAAAUAAGGAACAAAGCAUGCCUGAUCCAUUCACAAAUAUUUGAGGGGUAAAUAAGCCAGUAUGGGGGAUAAUUUCAUGUGUGUCUUGUAAUCUAUACAUGCAAAACUGUAUCUUGUUGAAUUUAUGCCAUGUCCAGGUAGCAGCAACAUUGUGGCUUUGGUGUCCCGUCCUGUGUUGAUGCAUUUUACUGUCAAAGCAAACUUAGAAGCCAUAUUAGACCACGGCCUGCCAGGAUCCUCGAGUGGGAUGGGCCGAUAGGUGAUCCUCUGUGCCCUCCUGGCCCCUCUUGGUAAUGUCUCUCCCUGUGUUUUGUUAAGGAUCUCCCAAAUCCUCAUCCUGGGGGAGGGCUGGCUCAGGACGCUAGCCUUUGCCGUGGCCUUGAGGUUAGUCCUCACCAUGGCUUGCAGGUACAGCCAAGCUGGAGCCCCGUACAGCUGGGUUUGGAAUGGCACAGUUUGAAGCGCUGGGAUCCCUUUGUUACACGCCGGGAGCAAAUGCUGGAGCUCCUUCGGCAGACAAGCAUGGCCUGAGCUCGAUGCUAGUCGUCUCCAGUCAGAUGCAGCCCAAGGCCUGUUCAUUGUGGCAUGAGCUUCUUCAGUGGACAGCUAGCCGAGAGAAUCUGAUACAUUACUGGCCACCUGCGACUGGGAUCGGGCCUGCUAUUGCUCCUGACACAGCCUGGCCCUGGCUCUCCAACCAGGGGCAUUGGGGCAAUUGAGCAGAGUUUGGACUCUGUGUCCGAGCAGGGAUGGGCAGGGCGACCCCUCUCUGGAUCAAGUGCAGCCCCUGGACAGCAGGGCCGCAUGGGGAUAGAGACUGCUCAAGUUCUUGCCAUUGGUGGGGCUAAGCUGUAACAUUUAAACCAGCUCUCGAGUCCCCUUCCCCGCCCCCAGGGAGACAGGAGUAGGUUGCAACCACACAGCUGCUGCUGGCUGUUCCGGGGACCUGUCAGCCCCGCUCGCAGCAGGGAGCACUGUUAGCCAUUGGGACAGAGGAGCCAGGAUCCUGGGGCAUUAAGAGGCUUCCACCCAGACUGGACAUUCCCCUAAGAGGGAUGCUCUGUCUCGUGCUAUGCAGGAGCUUAGAGGAGAAGAGCAUAAUGUCCCCCUGUGCCCCUCACCCCCAUGGAUGUGUGCGCCCAUUGCAGCCCCCAGGGCUGGGGUGCAGAGAAUCCAACCCCACCCCUCUGAAGCGGCUCAUGGGAGAUGUGGCUAAAGCUGCAGCAAUGGGGGGAAGGUCGCUGGGCAGGUAAGAGGGGGAAGGAGGGCUGCUGCUGCUGCAGCACAGGUGAACCAGGGGGGACGAGGCUGCAGCAGGAGAAGGACUGACCUGGUCCUCGGCCCUGGAGUGAGCCCAGCAGGGGACGCAGGGCUGGAUGGCCCUGCCCUGCAUGCUGCGACUGGCCUGGGUCUUGGGAUCAAGCAGCAGGGGAGGGAGCUGUAGGCAAGAGGAAGCCAGCUCACCCUGGGGAGGGAGUGGGGGCCAUCUCAGGCAUUCAUGCCCUGCAUGCAUGGCUGCAACAAGCUGGGAAAUUCCUGCUGGCAACGGGUACAUCCUACUCCAGUGUCUGUUCUCCCCUUCCCCCCUGCCCCCUCCGAGCACAGGCCCAUGGGUAACAGGCACCAGGACUCUGCUCUGCUGCCUUGGGGAAGGAAAAGGAUCUCAGCCUUCAACAUGGAUAUUCAAGCACCAGGCUGGGCCAGGGCGGGGUGCUGCCUUCCCGACCCCUCCUUCUACUCUCCUCCCCCUGAGGGGUCUGUAUACACCCCCCCCUUGAGAUCUCCCCAAUCUCAACCCCCCAGCAUCUCCCCCAGUGCACCCGUCUCUGCAGCACUGAACUCCAGCAGGAAACUGCUUUUAACACCAACCCCUCCCUCCUUGUGUGGACUCUGUUGUUUCUGUCUCUAUUGUCAAACUGUUAUUUUGUAACACUGUCUGUCUCCUUAUUAAAGAAAUGAGCUAAAAGCAGCAACUGGGCGUCCCUGUUGUGUUAGCACGUCUGGGACCCAGGUACCCACAGGGCUGCUACCACCUGGAGCAAUGAGGAGCAGCCUCAGCCC